CUGUGCGCAGGGGGAAGUGCCUCGGCACCCGGCCCCACGCAGUGCAUGGCAGAAGAGGCUCCGCAGCACGGCUUUCAAUCAGCGUCCGUCCUGCUGCAGUCAGCUGGGCGCCACGCUGUGUCCUGCAGCCGCAGCUCUGCAGCCAGGGCCCAUGCUCGAUCAUAAGGCUGCUAAGGGGCAUGCGUCUUUGCUCUAGGAAACAGUGCUCAGAAACAUCCUAUUAUCUUGUAUGUAUGUGUGUAUAUAUAUAUGUGCACAGUUCUCUACGAGUCAGGAGCGUGCAUUCUUGUAUUCUUGCAAUGUAUAGUACAGGGUAGAGAAGCUCUAGGCUGGAGUCCCUCAGUGCUACCAUUUGCACGUGAGUGCUGGCUGCACAGCAUGGGGGACUCCACCAUGUGAUGCCCAAGGAACCUUGGAACCCAAGGAACCUGCCAUACUCUCCUGUCCCACGAGCAUAGAGAUUCUGCUGUGUAAUGGAGGACACCACCCACAUCUCUCAGAGUCACUCUCGUCCCAUUGCUCAGGAAAACCCCAUUGCUUGGGGAAAGCCCAUGCACGCGGUCGCUCUGGCUGUACUGCAGCCUGGGCACACUGCAGAUUGUGUCAGCUGUGCAGCGAUGCUGCCCGGCAGCCUCUGGUUCACAUCUUCCUUUGCACAUGCAGCUAUAUGCUGUGUUAGCAUCAUUUUCUCAGUUUUAAGCCACGGUGAGUAACGUAGUGAAGUAGAGCACAAUGGCACCAUGUUCUAACUGCUCUCUCUUGCUUGGUCUCUCUUCCAGAUCUAGCUGCCUUCACACGGACCAUGCUCCCAAAGGCUGUAUGAUCAUUUCUGGUGACUGCCAGCGGAGGCUCACUGGGGCCUGUGCAGCAGAGCGGGAGGCCGAGGGGUUCCUGCUGCCCCUCGGGCAGAGAUACCGGCGUGUGGCCGACCCGCAGUGAGGUGCAGCUUCGGAAGCGAUCAGAGACGAGAGCCGCCGUGAGGUGCUCCGGACCCGGGGGGAAGCAGAGCGGUGGCAGCAUGGACAAGGACGGUACCAACCUGGCCGACCAGCAGUAUGAGUGCGUGGCUGAGAUCGGCGAGGGAGCCUACGGGAAGGUGUUCAAGGCCCGCGACCUGAAGAAUGGUGGCCGCUUCGUGGCGCUGAAGCGGGUGCGGGUGCAGACCAGUGAGGAAGGCAUGCCGCUGUCCACCAUUCGGGAGGUGGCCGUCCUGAGGCACCUGGAGACCUUCGAGCACCCCAAUGUGGUCAGAUUGUUUGAUGUGUGCACCGUGUCACGAACAGAUAGAGAGACCAAGUUAACGUUGGUGUUUGAACAUGUGGAUCAAGACUUGACUACUUACUUGGAUAAAGUUCCAGAGCCUGGAGUGCCUACUGAAACUAUAAAGGAUAUGAUGCUUCAGCUGUUUCGGGGACUGGAUUUUCUGCAUUCACAUCGUGUGGUGCAUCGGGACCUGAAACCCCAAAAUAUCCUUGUAACCAGCAGUGGGCAGAUCAAGUUAGCUGACUUUGGCCUUGCACGAAUCUACAGUUUUCAGAUGGCUCUUACAUCAGUGGUUGUUACUUUGUGGUAUAGAGCUCCUGAAGUUUUGCUUCAGUCCAGCUAUGCAACACCAGUUGAUCUUUGGAGUGUUGGUUGCAUAUUUGCAGAAAUGUUCCGUCGAAAACCACUCUUCCGUGGAAAUUCAGAUGUUGAUCAGCUAGGAAAAAUCUUUGAUGUAAUUGGACUCCCAGAAGAAGAGGACUGGCCUAACGAUGUUGCCCUUCCAAGAAAUGCUUUUGCUUCCAGACCCGCACAACCUAUUGAAAAAUUUGUACCAGAUAUUGAUGAAAUGGGCAAAGACUUGCUUCUUAAAUGCUUAGCGUUCAAUCCAGCCAAGAGAAUAUCUGCCUAUGCUGCCCUGUCUCACCCAUAUUUCCAUGGUCUGGAGAAAUGCAAGGAGAAUCUGGACUCUCACAUGUCAUCCAGCCAAAACUCCAGUGAGGUGAAUGCAUCACAAUGCUGACUGAAGAUGAACCUAUAAAUGAACAAGAUAUGUAGCUGACAAGGCCACUGUCCCGUACAAACCACAUGGCUGUUCUAGUGAAGAUCAUUGUUUGGAGGUUUUACACACUGUCUUUCGUUUUGGGAUUGCAAUGUGCUUAUCCAAGGAAAUCAACGUAGUUUACUUUCAUCAGAGCAAUGCAAGGGCCAGGGCUUUGGCCUGCUCCCAUUGCAGCUUUAUGUUUGUUUUGUUUUUGUCUUGUUUAUCUGCCUGGGAAAACUCCAGACGAAGAGAAGCUGCUGACCAGUUUUGCUGCCGUUUUAUCCUUCUAAAAUUGAAUGCUGCCAGUGUGGAGUAGGAUGAUCAAGUCACUGCCAAAACAGGAUACAAUCUCUCUAGCUGCUGAAGCAUGAUUUGGUACUUUUAUUAUGAUGGUGUGAUCUCUUAGAGUGAUAUUUAAAGAAUGGCAUUGAAGUAUCAGAUCUCUGCAACCUGCAGUUAACUGAUACAUACAUUAAUACAUCCAGCUACUGUGCACUCAUAGAAUACAUGCAGGUCCUUCCCCAGCUGAAAACUUGGAUGGAUUAUUUUGUUAUUUCAUCGCUCUAUAAAAGCAACAGUUAUGAUAGUGAUCGUAAUAGAUGUCUCAGCUUUUAGGGGUUUUUUUAAUACACAAACAAGUUAUUAUCUAGUUAAGUUUGUGUGUAUGUUUCAAAAGCAAGUGUUUAAAAAAACUUACGAGGUCUCGUUCUUAAAGAUCCAUUCAGUUUCCAAAUGGUCAGUUUAUGUUGGAAUCCAUGCACAUUCUAACCCAUCAUCUAACCCAUCGUUCCUUUCCGCAAACAGCUGCAAACACACUUUCUUUCUCUCAUUCUGAAAUUUUCUGAUAUGCAGCUCAAAGUCACGAGUAGAUCCAAUGAAAAUGAAUGCAGGUUUUCAUCUUUAACCUGUUGUCGUCAUUCUCUGAAAAGGAACAUAGAAAAAAUAUUUCCAGUUUGGAAGGAGAGAAUGCUAUGCUUGUUAAGUACAGUUAUUUACCUGUGCGGAACUGUAUGCUGCAUACUGUGCUGCCUUACCUACAACAGCCGCCAUGCAUCUCAAGUCAUGAACAUUACUGUCACAAAAUGCCUCAGAUGUUGCUUAUUAAGAAGACUUGUUUUCUAUGCAGAAAUGCAUGAGCUUCUCUCCUAAGCCACCAUGUGGUAUACUGGCACAUGCUUCUCCACUAAGCUUAAUGUGCCAUUACUGAAUGUCAAAAUAACUAAGCAAUUCACAUGCCUUUAUAGAGCAGUAAUUUUAAAUAUUACAUUAAAAUGUUAUAUUUAGUAUUUUUACCUUAACUAAAAAA